AUGACAUCGACAGGUUUGAACCCUGCAUUUGCUACCACUACACCCGUAUCACCCGCGUCUCAGUCUCAGGCCAAGACACAAUCUCAAUCUGCAAACGUUGAAUCAACAUCCGGGUCUGUGCGACAACACCAAACAACCCAACCUCCAUUACUGUCAAAUCCCAUUUCAACAUCCAAGUCCAAUACCAGUAUCACACAUCAAGCACCACCUGAAUUGACUAUCACUCCUGCAUCAGCGUCUUCUACACCAACAGUAUCGCAAACCCAUACAGUCCCUCAACCUCAACCUCUCGAUCCAUCCACAACCACCUCAACAACCUCAGGAGCAAUGAAAGAAAAGGGCAAUCACCCUACAGAGUCAGAAACUGCUUUGUUAGCUCAACAACAAGGAGGAUCAACAAGUCAUUAUAAUGGAGAAACACGUAAAGGUGAAAACUCAAUAUCCAGCUUGACCAGGAAGUUAUCAGGAAAGUCCAAUCCAUCAAAGGCAGCCAUAACCUCUACCAGUGAGCCAAACGAGAAACCGAUCUCCUCUGAGCAAGCGGCCCCAGUCCCAAACACGACGAAACCCUCACCAGCACACUCACACCCCACACAAGCGUCAUCCACGUCAAACCCUCCAACGGCAACUACCUCCACGCAAAAAGCUGCUCAGAAAAAGAAGAAGAAAAGAAAGGGUUUGGCUGGAUUUUUACUUGCGCUUGGAUGUUUAUCUGCCGACGAAUUUGAGGAAAAUCCCAAACAAGCCAGCUCAAAAGCAACCUCAACGACUCAAAAACCUGGUACAGCUGUGACCACCGCGCCUGCGACUACUACAUCCGCUCCCGCCGCACCUACUACUCAAACAAAAGAUAAGAAGCUCGAUGACGCCCCAGUGAAAGGAGGCUUGGGCCAUCAGAUCGAUCCUACAUCUACCACCGGAUCGACUUUGGUCGAUGCCAACGCAGAAGGAGAUAAGGCUGUAAAGCCUAACGAAGAACUUGUAGUAGCUCCUGCCGAGCCUCACACUUUACCGGAAGAAGAGACUGCCGGGGUAACAUCAUCCGCAGUACAGCCACCAGGAGGUGGUUCAUCAUUGCUUGGUACACCCACACGAUCUCAUCCUCAACGGCGUGAUUCCGACAAUGCCGCGACAUCAACUUCGGCCGACGCUGAACACACAGAGACUAGUGGGGGAUAUACGGACAUCAGUAAUUCUGAGAUACAGGAUGAAAGUACAGGUGUCGCCGCUGAAGAAGGUGUAGAUGAAUAUGGUAUGGAAGAUGAAUACGAGGACGAGGAGGAUAGGUUAAUCAGCCAAGGUGGUAUGGGAAUUCCGAUUGACGAGAAUGGCCAUCCUGCACCCCUCCUCCCACCAAUCUUAAAAGAACACCACGGUAGAAAAUGUCUUGUUCUCGAUUUAGACGAGACAUUGUUACAUAGUAGCUUCAAGUCUCUCCCCACCGCUGAUUAUAUCGUCCCCGUUGAAAUCGAAUCCCAAAUCCAUAAUGUUUACGUGAUAAAACGACCAGGUGUGGAUCACUUCUUGAAGGAGAUGGGCAAAAUAUAUGAAAUAGUGAUCUUCACUGCUUCCUUGUCCAAGUAUGCCGACCCAGUGCUAGAUAUGCUCGACAUUCACAGAGUUGUCACUCAUCGAUUGUUCAGAGAAAGCUGCUACAACCACAAAGGAAACUAUGUUAAGGAUCUGUCUCAACUAGGUCGAUCUAUCGAGACAUCCAUAAUUAUCGAUAACUCCCCCGCAUCAUACAUCUUCCACCCUAAUAACGCUGUACCAGUUUCAACAUGGUUCAAUGAUCCUCAUGACACCGAACUCACCGACUUAUGCCCAUUUUUGACUGAUCUAGCUACAGUCGACGAUAUUAGAGGCGUUCUGGACGGAAGAAUGUCAUAA